GCUGCGGCGGUGGGUGGACACCAGAGAGCUGAUGCGAAGGGACCGGGGAAACCACCGACUCAAGCUGGACAGGCUGGAGGAGCUGCCGACCGCGGUCCUAAAGCAGGUCGUUCAGGACGCCUGUCGCCUCCUCUCGCUGCAGGACGUCUCGCUGCUUGGUUCGUCCGUGUCCAAGCUCAUCAAAGCGGUGCAAAUGCUUCCUCGCUUGGAGCGCUUCGUCAACAGUGUCUGUGGGUUCGUGUUUCGACACUCGACGGAGGUGCUAUCCGCGUCAAGCGACGGGAUGCUGUCCCAGGCUCUGGCCGGAAAGGCGCGGACGAUGGAGGACGUGUUGCCGCUCCUGGAGCUGUGGCUGGCGCGUGCCCAGGAGCCCGUGAAGCUGAAGGAGUUUCACCGCGGCGUGUUACGAGUCCUGGAAACUCGGGCUGGCGAAUCUCAGGGGGCUCGUGGCUCGGUCUUCAAGAGCGAUCGGGCUGCGACGUCCGCUAUCCAGCACUUGGUGGACUUCGAGCGUAGAUCUCUCCAAGAGAUGCACCUCAACGAACGAGCUGACAGGAGUAUGAAGGACGACCCGUCGCCCGUCAACCGCAUCGUGCAGCACUUCCAGCUCCUGUUCGGUGUCAGCUCCCUGGGGGGUUGCCUGCCGAAACUAAACGAACUGUACCGGUUCUCGAGCGAGACGAAGACCUUCCUCCGGACGUGCGGUGAUCUGCUCAACAUGCCGGAGGCCAGCGGCUCCGAGGCCAUCAUGCGGCGGCUCGAGACCGUCCUGGAGGGGACCGUUGACGCCGACGCUGACGCAAAGCUCCGCGUUUCUCACGACGCCGAGUCGUGGGCCGGCCAGUCGAUAGAGCUCGCGGCCGAGGCGUAGGCAUUCGUCGAACAACUUUUGCCGCGGCAUUUUUUUUUGUUGCUGUGUACGAGAACUUCGGCCACUAGUUUUGGUAUAGCAUGUGUGUUGGUCUGGCGUUGUCGGACAGCAGGAGAAUAUAUAUUUUUUGUUGUUUCGUCCCAUUUGUUCUGUCAUUCUGUGGGGGUGGCAUAAGUGAAGCCGUGCAUGUGGCACUAGGGAGGCCGUUGGAACAUGUGUGGACGAUUUAAAGAGUACGACAAAGUAACACACCAUACAAUAUAUCAUCGGUAAUAAUUGGCGC